GCCCAGUCCAGGCAGCCAGCAACCAGCGCGUCUGUGCCUACCAAUAGGCAUGCUCGGCUCAGGCUCUGUGCAGUGCUCAGUCUCAGCAGCAGAAGCUGGGCGCAGGGGAACUGCGACGCCAAACAUCCUCCCAGUGAUGGCCUCUGCUGAGCAACCGUGCUCCAUCUUCCACCAGCAGCACUGCGCAUAAGGCAACACACCCACCUUUGCCCUCCCGCCCAGGAGGGAGAGAGACACCACCAUGUACAGCGUGGAGGACCUCCUCAUUUCACACGGAUACAAACUGCCCAAGAGUGGCCCUCCGUCUUCAGCGUCUUAUGAUAAGCGCCCCACCGAGUGCCAGCGAGAACUUGUGGACAACAGGACCGGCCGGGGGACUUUUAAUGGGUUCGAGGCAGAGAGGGGAGCAUCCAUCUCGGGCAUCUAUGGCAGCAGGCAGGCACUGGUGAAGGGCUACCCCACCACGGAUGAGAGCGGGGAAAGGAACCAAAGGAGGAAAGAAGCUGGGAUUGGUUUCCUUGGUGAUAUUCAGCUCCUGGGCGAUUCUCUCGCCACAGAUAGUGGGUUCUAUGAUGUUCCUAGUUUGACCUAUUCAGAGCCACUGAGCCAUGAGGAGCGGGAUAUUUCCUAUUGGAGGAGGCGAGGCCAGGACUUCAGCAUCCUUCUGGACUACGCUGAUGGCAGGGAACUAAGGGCCUCUGCUGGGGCAUGGAGGCCACAGGCUUUAAUCACGGCUGAAGAAUACAGGGCAGAAAGGCAAGCACAGCAGCUAUGGGAGGAAAUUUCUUGGUUAAGGGACCCGGAUGCAGGCCCCAGUCAACUAAGGGUUACUGGGGAGAGGAAAUGCCAAAGCCUUGGAACAGAGGAGUGGAAGCCAGCUGUGGGAAUGGGAAGACAACUUUCAGACGGGGACGGGGAAAGAUGGGCUAAGGACCAGUUCCGUCUAAGGACACCUGAGGGUUUUUUUCAUCCUAGAACUAAAGCUAAAUCUCAGUCACUCCCUAGAGUUGUGUCACCUGAUGGAACAGACUGCAGAGAACUAAUACUAUCAAGGCCAAGCCUACCUGAUAGGCAAAGGUUUAAUAGUACUGUUUUCUCUGGACCGUAUAGUAGGUAUGUUUAUGGUGGGGGCAGAAACGGUUGGGGUAGGAAUCUCGGUCCAAGCAGCCAUGUUGCACUUUUACCAAAGCCCAGGUUUAGCAGGCCUUUAAAGCCUCCUUCAUAUGAGAUACACCAGCAGACAAGGGGUAGCGCAGAAAUGCUUGCUAUAGAACAGGGUGCGAAACAAAAAGACAGAUCUCUUUACUAUCCAAGGGGUGGUGAGCUGAGACAAGACUAUUACGCACAACAUGCCCUCACUGGAAUGGAGCCUCCUGGCUACAUUCCACCCCCUUCAUAUAAAAGAGCCCCACCUCCAAGAGCAGUUUCAGUCAAUCGCAAUGAAAUGGCAAAUUUAAGAUGGAGGGCAGAAUCUUUUCAAAUGCCAAGCUCUGAUCCUGGAAGGUGGCUCUCCAGACAGGGAAGCAGCUCAUGGGUGGGACAUUAUGGAGAACGUAGUGCGUCCUAUCGAAAACUUGUAAAUCUGGGACCUGAGGAACAAGUGGUUCAGGUUCGUCAGUUACCCACUGAAGACCCAAGAGUAAAAGAACUCUCAGGAGGGCCUGGUGUACAUUCUCUUAGUGACCUAGACAAGCUGCGCAACAUCAACAAAGAGAUUUCAUCUGUUAAGACUCUAGGACAAUCUACACAUGAUAGUGCCUUUCCUCCCCAGCAGGGGCCAGCUCCCAACACCGAAGCCAACAAAACCGCUCCAAAUGACAACGACAUAAGUAAUCGAUGGUGCAACAGGGGUAUUAAAAAGAGUGAAAGUGUAGGUCCUGAACAGAAUCGUCCAGUUAUUUUUCCUUCAUCUUUCCUUGGUAAACCACCCCCACCCCCAUGUAAACCGGUUGACCAGGGUGUAUCUGAAACUGUAACAGAGGUGAAAAAAGUAGAGCAGCAUGAGCCCCCAGAAAAAGAAAAAACAAAAAAUCUAAAAAAGAGACUCAGUGAAACAAUUUUUUGUUUAGUGUCUGUCCCUGUUACUCCACAGCUCACUGGGACAAUUCGAGAUCAAAAUAACAACAAUGAAAAAUCACCAGACCCAGCAGGCAGUCCUAGUGACAAUAAAACUGGCCACUUAACAAACCAAAGUCUUCAAAGCACAUCCUCAGCUGAAGCUGAGCUACAGGCUCUUACUGGUAGCUUUGCAAGCAGCAAAACAAGCAGCAGAGCAAGCAGCAAAAUGUUUAAGAAAUUACCUUGUCGACCCCCUAAGAUCAAUCAUUAUAAAGAGCUGAAACUGUCAGGAACCUGGCCUGCGAACCAAUAUCGAGAUCAGGAGACACAGACAAGCCCAGAGGCUCGAAAACCUGCCCCAGAUAACAUGGAAGCACAACAAGAACCUGUUCCUCCUGGCACUGACGUUUCACCCGACAGCAGUGCUGUAGUGGGCACUGCCUUCAGUUUUCCUAUAAAGGGAGUCAAGAGCCUAAAGCUGUCGAGUAACAGCGCCUUCUCUUUGACCUCCACCUUCUCCUGCCAGCUGAAUAAGAGCACAGCUCAGCAGCCAGCAGUACCACCCUCAGGAAAUGUGGAGGAGGCCAAACCAGCAGCAAGCGGUGAACAGUUCUUGAUCAAGCCUGCCACACAACGACCGUGGGAUGCUGUCAAAGAGUUGGAAAGCAUGAAAAAAGAGAUUCAGGAUCAACAACAGCAGCAGAUCAGCAAACAGCAAAGUGUUGAUAAGUGCAUAGAAGACCUUAAUGAGGCCUACAAAGACAUCUUAGAGCUAGGCACUGCCAGCAAUAAAGUUCCAAAUGGUUCGGUUCAAAUUCCAGAACGCAUUAAAAUCCGACUAACAUCAGAACCUCUCAACAAGCCCAGCAGCCUUAGGCGCAGUGCAGUAAGCUGGUCUGUUGACCCAGAAUACAGAGAAGUGAAGAGUGCCUUCUCUAGACCUGCAACAAAGUCCGUAACAUUUAGCAAACAGCUAAGAGAAGAACUCCCAGUUCCACCAAGGGAGACUGGAUUCAGAGAAUACAGGGUUGUGACGCAUCUUUCCCGUAGAAGGAGUAAUGAUGGAAGGACAGUCAAGCUAGACUUGCCAGAUGAACCUAUCGAGACACCGCUUUGUGACUUCAGUCCAACGACAAACAACACAGCUGCUGAGGUGCCAUGGGCAGAUAGACAGCCAAUGCAAGAUGCCUCUACGCUUACCAGUCCUCCGGAUUAUGAGGACAUAUGUCAAACUUUACGUCAAACUAAAGAUUCAGCAGAUGGAAAUAAAGCAUCCACAGGUCAAUCUAGACCCAACGACACAGAGAAUCUUCAGGAUCUUGGCGGUGAAUCUGAAGAGGAGUGCCCUAUUUGUAAAAGGGAACUUGAGAAUCAAAUGAGACAGGGUCCUUUGCCUCCACUUCAUGAGGAAAAUAGCUCAGACAGCUCGGCAAAUCAAAAUGGCAGCCCACCACAAUGUGCUGCCCUAGAAAGUCCAGCAAAGGACUCAAAAACUGAGGAGGUAAAGGACUCAAGUCUAAAUCAGUCAGAUUCAGACCUGAACCCUGAAACAACGGAGCAGAGGUUACUGGCGGAAGACGCUAAGGUCUGUGAGAAAGCUGAAGAUGCUCAUGCAGAAAACUCAGGCAGUGGAUGCAAAGUUGAUCCUGCUGAGGGCAAACCAGAGAAUAAGGCUCAUGACGAUCCUUCUUCGGCAUCUACAGCAUUACAAACUGAUCAGCCAGCAGAUUUACAAGUGACACACAAACAGCAUGCAGAUGAAAAGGUGACUGAGGAAGUAGAUUUAAAGGAAGAGAAAACACUUUCAGGCAAAACUUCUGAGGGCAGCAUAGUUAGAAGGAGAAAUCUAAUGAAAGGCGAGAGGCAAAACAACACAUUACCUAAAGAAAAGAAGUUGCAAGAGAAAAAGUCAGUGUCUGUUCCUGAACUUCGCGUUGGUCUACGAAGUCAUCUGGGACGGGACCAUCCAGGGCUACCUGAGUUUCCACCUGAUAGACUGCCACUUUCAGUUCCUCUAAACCUGGACCGUAGAUUAUCCUUAAGCUUGGAGGGGGAGAGAAGGACCAAGGCCCCCUCCCAGCGAAUUGAAGCAUUGCAGAACAAACUGGCUAUUUCUCCGGGACAUGUGCCAGUUGAAAGACUUGCCAGGAUGAGGGAAGUGGACGUUAUAUGUCGGGUGAGACGCCUAAGCAUCCGGAGUACUGACUCUGGAGAGGGGGAAACAGAAGGCGAGGGCAAGGAUGACCAUGUGGAAGAGCUUCACCCAGUGCCGCAGGAAAAAAAGGAGAACAAUCAAGAGGUCACACAUUCACAGCAGGGAGCAGAGGAGACAGUGUUGCAAGAUGGACAGAAAUCAUCUCUCUCAGAAACCGCUGAUCCCAGCCAAGGGGUAACAAAGUAGUAAAAAAACUGGUCCAUCAUUUCCACCAGAGGUUUUAAGCUCCAACACUGUGACCUGGCUGCCAACUAGAAUGCCUUCAUUUCAUCUUGACACUGAAAUGGCCUUCUUGUCCGACAAGAGCAUUGUGUACACCUUCACCGCCGGCGCUGCAUUUACUACUAUGAGUGCUGUUCCACUGCCAAAGGGAGAUGCCCUACAAACCAGCAGGGCAACUUCCACUCCAGAUCCCUCCCCAGCCUUCCUAAACUGACUCCCCCCCUCCCCUUCUGUCCUCCAGUCUCAACCUCAUUCUUCUAUAGCGUUUCUACUAGUUAAUCUACCUGUAGCGGCUUGUCCUUUUCUAUUCUAUACUCCCAAUGCUUUUUUCAUUAGCAAACAUUAUGCAAUUCUGUCAUGCAUACCAGAGCUUCUAAAGUGUGGAUAGCGAAAAAGACUUUUCGCAUUUUUGUUUACCGAGGAGCAGUUUAAGGAAAUGAAUGUAAGUGUUUAUGUUAAAGCCAACAUAGACGUAGAAGGGUUAUUUUCUCAAACGUACUUUUGCAUUUUAAAUACACCAAAAUAAACGUAUCUGAUUGUGGUCAGGUGACAGCUGUUUUUAGAACUGGAAUUUACUGUCUUUGGCUCAAGAACUGUUUUGAUUUUCAGAAAAGAUAAAUGCGCCUUUCUUUGUUUUGUUUUUUAAGAUCUAAUGACAUUAUGCCCACCCUCGUUGCUUUUCUACACUCUGCAACCUUAACCCAUAGAUCUCUUCAGUGAAGAGUUACUCUUUAUAACAUGAGAUGAUGGAUCAGUUGUCCAAAUGUGUUUCAAAGUGGUUCUAUACAGGACAGGGAUUGCUGCCUUUCUUAACCACCUUAAUAAAUCCUGGUCGGAUCAGGGGAAGUCUUUAAUUACAACCUGAACAAUUCAGUGUAAAGUUCAAAUUUCCAGGUAAUUUCAGGAAGCAAUAAAGGCAAUGACAAAGUUGGUGAUCAGUGACUUUAUAAAAAAUUUACGAUGAACAUAGGAUUUUAGAAAAAUAAAAGGAAAAGAGAAAAAAGAUAAGUAGAGCAAUAUUGUUGUAUUAACAGCCCAGUGGUGUAGUGGAGCUACCUGUAGGAACCAUUGUCGGAAGUUUUAAUGUGAAUAUGUCAUUCAGAUCAUAUUACAGGGAAAUGGAGUCAUGUCAGGGUAUGGGCGCUUAACAUAGGGGUGGGUGCUUUUCUUCAUGAUAUAUAUCUAUCUUCAUACAUCUGUGAAACAACAUUUCACUGAGUAUUUAUUUUUUUUAACCAUCAAAUUGUUACUCGGUUUGCAUAAUUGUACAAAAUAAAGUAUAUUUUAAAUAUUUUAAGAGAAAUUUUGUAUUUAACCAUGGGAUUUUAUUUCUCCGCGCUGAUAUCAAGCUGAAAGUGUCAUAUCUAUGUAUAGUAUCAUAUUGAGAGUAUACGUAAUUUUCUAGUGCUUUAAAACAGAAAACCUAUCAUUUCAGAAGGAUGACCCCGUUGUGUGCCUUGAUCACACGAUUUGAGUUCAGUGAGUGACAGGGUUCAUCACUGCAGGGUUUGACAGGACUGAAACUUUCUGAUUGUUCCAUUACUUACGAUUUGAUAGUGCUUUUUCAUAUGCUAACAAAGUCAGUGUUUGACGCUCUUAGUGAUAUUUGACUCAUUAAUCCAUCAAAGAUGUGUUUCCUAUGUUGGUGGUCAUACAUGGCCUCUGUCUUUAUAUAUUUGUCUUUGUAUGUCUUCCAGUUCAUGUACUGUUUUGUUGUCGCUCCUCAAAACAUGUUGAGAAAUAAAAUUUGGAUUUCUUUCACCUCCCCUCCCCCAUCCUUAUUUAUUUAUUUUUUUUGUCCCUAAGUACUUUGUUUUUCUUAUGUUGUUCCUCUCAUUACACGGCGUGUUCUCUUUGUGUGAAAUGUUCUGCUGUCACCGACAUCUAUUGCACUUCAGGGUUGCAAUAUGCUACUUUAGGCCGCAUAUCUGCAAAACGAACUGGCAGAGAUUCUGUCACUUUGAGGAUUUUAACUCCAAUUCUGACAAGACUGUAAUUGCAUUUAUGUGGUUUUGCAACAUCAGCAGUAUUGCACUGUUGUGAUCGUUUAUCGCUCAUCCGUUACCGCCUAAUUUUUAUGUAGCAUUUUACAGCUGUAGCAUCAACUCAAAACCUUGUCUUGGUAUUUGGAUCAUUUCUUGUAAAUUUGAACCACUCAUUACGCCUUAUUAUCUGUGCAUUACAUUAUGCUCUAGAGAAAUGCCAAAUAUUAACGUACUAAGCACUGUUCACACCGUUACUUUUAUUUCAAAAUGAUUUAUUUUUGCAAAACAACUCACAAACCUGCCGCUCCUCUAGGUGGAGCAGUAAAGUAGCAUUGUGAGUACUUUCUGCUCCUCGUGCUGUUUAGCCUGAACAUAGAAUCAAAACUGUGAAAUCGAAACAAAACUGAGAGUGUAAUUAUGAAAAAGUACAGGAUAAAGGAUAUGGCUGAAUGUUUAUAGACAGAUUAACAGGAAGGACAAGCUGUUUCGCCUAUAUCUACUAACAGAAUUCAUCUUUGAUUCAUUUUGGUCUCUAAAAGGCCUUGGUCUUGUACUAAAACUGCCCCUAACAACAUUUUUAUGAUUUCUCCACAUAUGCACCCAGCCCCUUCCAAUUGGCAUGAAAGGUACACUUAAACAUAGUGUCAUUUCACUUUUUGUACUACAGGUUAUGUGCAGACAUGAAGUAAUUAUGCACACUUGUAAUAUUUUCUAUUUUCAUAUGAGAUUUUAGUGCUUUUUGUACUCACUGACAUCUUUUUUUCUUCCUUGCAUGGAAUGCAAGAGAGUGGAGAAAAAAAAAUGUUUUUCAUAAAGUAUAUUUGCAUUUGGUACUCUUAAUAGUGAAACCGGUGGGCAAGACAUCAUGUUUCAUUACUUCAUUUACAAAACUAUGCCAAGUAUUUAAAAGCUAUUUUUAGAGUGAAUCAAAGAAGAGCUCAUACAUUUUCUUUUCUUUUUCUUUUAAGACAUGCCUUUAUCUUUGUAUCUAUAAAUAAAAGCAUAAUCCAUAGUCACACGAUUGUGCUACUGUUGUAUGAUUCUGCAGUCUGAUUCAUAAAUAAACUCUUUGCAUGAAA